AUGACCAGAGUUAGACGCGGAUAUAUAGCUCGCAGACGUCGAACAAAAAUUCGUUUAUUUGCAUCGACCUUUCGAGGGGCCCAUUCAAGACUUACUCGAACUGCUACUCAACAGAAAAUGAGGGCUUUGGUUUCCAUUUAUCGGGAUAGAGGUAGGCAAAAGAGAGAAUUUCGUCGCUUGUGGAUCGCUCGGAUAAAUGCAGCAACUCACGAAAAUGGGGUAUCCUAUAGUCGAUUAAUAAACGAUCUGUACAAGAGGCAGUUGCUUCUUAAUCGUAAAAUACCUGCACAAAUAGCUAGAUACAAUCUAAAUUCCCUUUACAUGAUUUCCAAUGAAAUCAUAAAAGAAAAAAGGGAUUAA